CAAGGAUUAAGUAAAGUCGAACCAGUGAAAAUAUUGGAAUUGAACUGUGGUGUGGAAAUUCUCUGAAUCCUGAAGUAAUUAGUCGUGACGUUUUGUGGUUUUUGUGAUUUGACUAGUGUGCGUGGUGCGUGUUUUGUUAUAUGUCUACAAUGCAAAAAUUACAGUUUUUCGAACAAUAAUGUUUAAAAAAUUUAUAAUAGCGAAUGUGGUGUUGCUUUACUGUUUAUUUCAAGAAUGUCAGUGUACUCAUUUGAAAGGAACCUUUAAAUCAAAUGAAUUUUUCAAAUUCCUAAUUAAAUUUGGAUUUCAAAAAACAGAUCGACAUCAAGCUGAUGCUACACAUGGAUAUAUUUUUGGAAAUAUUACAUCCAAACAUCACUUCCCGGAUUCGAUUACUUUGGCAGUAUUGGACAGAUUAUAUUUCUUAGAGUAUUAUAAAAACAGAUUUGUAAAUGACAAACACCAGGCAUGUAAUCUUAUGUUUGGUAAUCUGAAUACAACAGCAUUCGAUCCUAAAUGUAGCCCAAAGGGAAAGGACUACUUAAGAAAAAUUCCAUGCCCCAAAGGAGAACUGUGUGAAAAUGAAGACAAUCCCUGGAACGUAGUGAAAAAUCAUCAGUUUACAUAUGUCAUACAGGAUUUCAAACAACCUUCGUUUUGGUAUGUAUCGAUGGUAGCAUGUUACCACAACAGCACAUCAUGCCAGUGGCGUUAUUACGAGAGCCACACUCCCUACGAAAUAGAAUAUGACAUUUGGCUAGUUAAUGGUAAUCCUAACAAUUCUGCCUACAGUACAUUAACAUACCAGUUCUCCUUCGAUAGACAAAAUACACUGGAACUCUAUCUCCUGUUUUGGUUGUGCUAUAUGGUACUAGUCCCCUUGCAAUGUCAUGCUGUUAAAGCUCAAAAACAUCCCGUAACAAAACUGUUCACAGCCAGUCUGUUGCUGGAUUUUAUAGCGCUAUGCCUUAUUUUGAUACAUAAUCUGAAAUAUGCCCUCGAUGGACAAGGAUACCCUAAAAUAGCUUUGACUGGGGACAUUUUUGAUAUCUUGUCUAGGACAUCUUUUAUGCUCCUACUUCUCUUGCUUGCCAAAGGAUGGGCAGUUACUAGGCUUGAACUUACUUGGAAGCCUCUAGUGUUUGCAAUUUGGCUGUGUUACGGAAUCGUACAUAUUUUGCUGUACGUUUGGAACCUGACUGAGGUAGACAUAAUAGAAGACAUAGACGAAUACCAAACCUGGCCAGGUUGGCUAAUAAUAGUUUUUAGAUCUCUGAUCAUGGUUUGGUUUUUGUACGAGUUGCGCACUACAAUGUUUUACGAGCAUAAUACUCAGAAGUUGAAUUUCCUCUUGCAUUUUGGUGCUUCGAGUCUAGUGUGGUUUAUAUAUUUGCCCAUUUUAGCGUUGAUAGCGCUCCACGUGUCCGCUUUGUGGAGGUUCAAGCUACUGUUAGGUAUCACAUAUUCGGCCGAUUGUUUUGCUUAUUGCGUGAUGGCUCACCUGUUGUGGCCCACACGAUCCGAGCAGUAUUUCCUGUUAAAGGGGCCUUCUUCAGCGGAUCUGGAAGAGCUGGAUGAAUUCAACGAAGCCCCUCACAUUGUUAACAAUUCCUACACGUCACUGAGCAGCAUGAGCUCGCUAGACAUCUGUAGGUACGACGACCCGCCCAAGAACAAGCCUUCAAACGCAUAAAUCCAAAGGGAUUUUGUAUAUGACGUUGAUCUUAUGAUUCGGUACUUUAUAAUAUGAGAGAGUUAGGCUAAGUUUGAAAGUGUGACAGAGUAAUUCGUGUGUUGUGAUAAAUUUUAACUGUCUGCGAUCGCAUUGAACAAAGUAUUUUAGGAAUUGCUUCACUUUUGAUUAUCGGGGGGUAGGACGUGGGUGGGAAGUUACGGCAAAGUUGUUUGUCGAGAAAUCACGCUUAGGUAUUUAAGUCUUGUUUUUACAAGGAGGCUUAUUUGCCGUUUUAGUAGUAAGAUGAGGUUUUAUUUUUUUUAACUGUUUAUAUUUUAAAAUAGAGGAUAUGGUUAAACUGGGGGUAGCUCGUAACAUUUAGGGUGAUAUUUUAAGUUUUGAAAACAAAAUAUAAAACUUUAGUUUGAGGGGAUUGGAGUAUUUUUUUUAAGGAAUGAUUUUGCUCACAAGUUUGAACUUUUUUCGUAGUAGAUCAUGUCGACUUAAAAUCUGCAAUUUGGUAAAAUAAAAAAUGCGUAAUUUAUUUUAAUACAAAAGUAAAAUAUUACUCUACGUGUUAAGCUGUGUAAAUAUUGUAUAUUACAUAUUAUUAAGGAUUAAAAAUGUAUAUAUAGUAACCUCUUGAUGUUCACAUUGAGAAUAAAUAUAUUGGCACAGA